AUGUCAAAUUGUCAAUCUACAAAUCGAUGGUUAAUCAAUCUAAAUAUGAUAUUUCAAUGUCUUGUACAAAAUUUAACUGAAGAUGCUAUAUUAACACGAUGGAAUGAGAUUUUAUCAUCAGUUAAUGGAACACGAGAUGAAACGUUUAGCCCAACUCUUCUUCGAAUUUUAACUAAUACUCAACAAUUACGUGGUUCAAUCGAUAUAGCAUGA